UAAUGAGUUGCGACUCAUCCUUCUUUUUUAGUGAUUCUGAUUUAGAAUAGAAGUGCGAAAUAGCCAAUUCUCUAUGUGCUCAAAAUUAAAUAUUCAUAAACUAUUACUCUAUAAUCUAUUGCCAACUCGAUGGCCAUUGGAUUUUGUUCAUAUUGAUGGCCAUAUUUGUAGUAUUGAUAGUAUUCAGGUUAGUUGAUAUCAUUUAUAUAGAUUUAUGAGUACAUUAGUGAUGUAUUAUUUAACACCUGCAAUAGAGUUUAUAACAGAGAAAUUAAAUAUUUCACAAUCAUUGAGUGCAGUCACUUUGUUGGCUUUUGCUAAUGGGUAUCACAUGUUCAAUAGAUUAAAGGGCUGGAGAUGUCGUCACUGCAAUUGUGGCCACUGAAACCUUGGACGGCAUCAGCUAUAAUAUCGGUUCUUUAUAUGGAGCAGGUUUUUUUGUGGCCACAUUAGUUGUUGGAAUAACUAUAAUUAAUUCACAAUCAUACAUAGUCAUGAAAUCGUAUUUUAUUUGGAGAGAUAUCUUAUUUUAUAUUGUUGCAACAAUCAUAGUAAUUAUAUAUGGAAUAGUGGGCGGAUUUUCAUUGAUUGAUUCUGCAUUCUUAUUGUUAAUUUAUAUAAUCUUAGUAAUUAUAGUAUUAUUUUAAGACAAGUUUUCAAGUAUAAAUUUAUACAUUAAAUAGGUCGAUCUAAAAAAUAAUUUGAUGAAUUUUUAAUUGAAAAUGUGAUGGAUGAAACCUAGGUAACUGAGGAAAUCCAACCUGAAUUGCAAGAUGCUCAUCUCAAUCAAGAUAACAAAAAGACUUGUGCUGAUAAAACAUUUUGUGUUGUAGACAUCCCCUUUAGAUUCAUCUUGAAAUAUAGUAUACCUCCCUCUUCUAAUGUAACCAAAUCUACUUUGCUAAUUACCAUUUUCCCAAGUCUUAGCUUCGUCUACUUCAUAUUAGGAUCAAAUAAUUACGACAUUUUCAGCUAUCUAUACAUAUUGUCCAUCUCUAUUGUAUUAGUCAUUGCAAUUUAAACAUCAUAUCCAUAAGAUAAUGUAAUAUACUCCAAAUUUAAAAUAGCAAUUACCUAGCUACUACAUUUACAUUUAGAUCUACAUAACCAUAGUAUCCUUGGUUUGGAUCUAUUGUUUGAGUGGAAUACUCAUAGAUACUCUUACCUUUUUUGGAAUGCUAACCAAUCUAUCCAAUUCUUACUUAGGCAUGACAAUCAUUGCUAUGGGAAAUGCACUACCAGAUGGAAUAGUUACCAUGACUCUUGCCAAAUAAGGGUAUGCCAUUAUGGGAAUAACAGGAGCGUAUCAAAGUUCAUGAUAUAUAGAUAUUUUGGGUAAAUUUUUGGAUUACUAGUGGGUCUAGGCAUAUCACUUGUGAAAACUAAUUUGAAAACAGGUGCCAGUGUUGAAUUCGAUUUGUUUAAUAAAGAUCUAAUUCAAUAAAAUUUAGUAAAUAGAAACCUUAUUAUUAUAGAUAAUGAUUAUCAUCAUAUUUUCCACUCUAUUUGUAUUGAUAAUCACUUUUUUAUAUGGUAUUGUAAAGAAGUAUCAUUUCGCCAGAGAUCUUUCAGUUUUGCUAAUAUUGAUAUAUGUAUUAGUAUUAAGCACAAUUACUAUAAUUGCUAUAUAUGACGCUGUUUGA